CAGUUGUUAGUAGGGUUACUAGCUGUGCUGACGUCACAUGGCUUGCUUUCUUGUCAUGGGUACCCAACUCAUGUACCGAUUACAGUCUGUGAAUAUCUGAUGCCAGGACAUCAGCUCCAGCCAUUACAAUUUGCUUUGCCUCAGCCAAUGAACACCAACCCUUACUCGAUUCACGUGAGCAACACGAGCUAUACACCUGGUGGAACGAUGACUGUCGUGAUUAAUGGAACUACGGGAAUUAAGGUGAAUGAAUAUGGAAGCACGGAUCUUUGGAUCUUACUCUUAACAUCCAGUUACCUGUGAAAGACAGACGAAAGUAUACUUUUGGUUAAGUCCAUCUGCGAGCCAGCGCAGAAAUGUCCGUUAUGGACCCCCACCCAUGUACCAGGAUUUGAGUACGCUCCAUAAUUAGCCUGUUGAAAAGGCAAUGUGAUUUGAUGAUUUGCCAGUCAGGUUAAAGGGAAAUUCCAAAAGCACGUCAGGUAAUUCGUUGAGUCCGUUGGACCCCAGAACAAGGAUCUCCGCGCUGCUUCGCAGACGUCACUAACCGGGUCUAGAUUACGUCUUCGACGCAGGCUACGUGAGACCCUUUACCUUGAAAGUUCUAAUUUGUAUCACCAGCAAUAAAACGCGAACGUUAGUCAUUUACAAUUUACUACUGCGGCUCUGCAAUACAGGAGUUAAGUUGUCCCAAAGCCCCCUCCAAACGAAAAGAACAAAUUGUGAAAAUUUAAGAUUUUUACUGAUAAUGCCUACAUAUUUAUCCUUACAGGGUUUCAUUAUCCAAGCGCGCGCUGCAGGAAGUCCCUUACCAGUUGGAGAAUUUCAGGGUAGCCUACCAAGCAACCAGACUUAUAUGUGGUGUUCCGGUGGCGAACCGCAGGUGCAUUCUAAUAGCAAAAUUACACUAUGACCUCCUUUUUCUACAACUACCAGAAUCCUUCAGCUCGUUGUUUUCUUGGGAAAAUUAGGGCUAUCGAUAUUAUUAUUUAAUUAAGAAAGCAAAAACGAAAUGAAAUCUGGUAGUUGUAGUUGGGAAGUUUCUCAGGAUCUUUUACUGAUCCAAUAAAAUUCGAAGAAACUGCCCCACUACCCUUCCCUUAACCUAACGUUUAUAGUUACUUCUCACUUGGGUUGGGGAGGUUGGGGAGGGGGUAGGUGGGUUUCCCCACGAUCUUAUACUGGUAGCCAAUCAUGAAACGAUAACGUUUCCAAAACGUAGUCUCACACUGUGUAAUUCGACGCAAAUCCGACCCAACCUCAUCACACGCAGCCUUAGAACGGCCAAUACUCCUCAUUUAAUUUUACUUCUAUAUUCUUUCUCUGCCUAGGCCUUUAUCUGUUACCCCUCCCCCCUGCAUCUCAAGAGCAAAUCCUACCUUUUUCUAUGCCUCUUUCCCCUUUUGACUCUAAAGACUCUAAACAUCGCUCUCUUUUAUCCUUAUUCCAUCACCAGAAUACAGUUGCCCAUCGCCGUACUGGCCUGGCAGACAAGUCGUGGAUUUCAUUGAAAUUCACCUGGAAAGCACCGGAAGCCCCUGUUGGGAACAUCUCUUUUUGGUAAAAAUGAGCAACAUGUCUAGUGAUUGUAUUUUACACAAACCAACCAGUGCAAGGAAAGCGCUGCGUGGUCAGUAUAAAUGAUAAAUAUUUCCAAAAGCGAAAUUUGGAUCUACUUUCGUCUUGUUCAUUUUGUCUUUUUCGAUGAAAACUUAGUCUAGGAAUAGGUUCUUCAUAUUAGUUCAUAUUAGACAAAAUGUAAUUACUUUUCAAGCACCAGAAGGUGACAGCUGCUUAAAGGUAUACCUGACAUUUUCACUCAGGGCCAGUCUUCUUUACAACUAUACCACAUUUUGGAUGAGAAUCCAAUCUGCAGAGGUCAGCGGGCCUACAGCUGUAGCAAGGCCUUCUCCAACACUACAACCAAGCUUUGAGGUAAAUAUAACUUAACGGAUGCAGGACAUCUUUGGUUGGGUAAGGCUUGAAGAGUCUUCCUGUGUCACGCUAUUUGGUGUCUUUUUAAACAGCUAAAACGUGUUUUCGCAUCAGUUGGAUUUUAAAAUUAAAGUAAUGAUCAAGUUUUGUUAUUUAAGACUUUGUUUAGCGCUGAUCUGUCCUGCAAAGUGGGUUGUCGGGAGCGUCGCUUCAUGGUGGUCAUGUGCAUUUUCAGGCUUUAUUCCCGAGGCCUAACUUGUAAUGAUUUAUCUGGAAUGAAUACAACCCAGAAGGAAAUUGGGCUGAAUUAACAUUCGCAAAGACUUCUGGGUCUACUAAGGACAGAGGAAAAAAUUGGCCAAUAGCUGACCGGUGUGUCCUCUGUAACGAUCCCAGAAGCACUUGCGGGAGGUAUUUCGGCUCCAGUCCUCUUCUUGUUUCUUAAGUGGCGAAUGAGUAAGAAUGACAAGCCGCUGGACCUUGGCGUGGCACAACUGACUAAGUCGAAAUGGCUGUUUAUACUGAAAAUAAUUUAAUAUCCUGAGAAGUGAUGUUAUUAUUAUUAUUGAUGUUUCAGAUAACUAAGCAAGGCUGUGGAAGUGAAAAGAGUUGUUAUUCCGAGCCAGAAUACUGCACAAACAGCGCCAAUUGUGCAUUCCUUGUAACUUUCAAGGCGGACGGUGACAACAUCACAUUUGAGAUGAGCGGCUCUCACCGCUACAUUGCUGUUGGUUUUAAUGACAAGCAAGAAAUGGUAGGUAUUUAUAAUGUCUGUACACCAGCCUGAUCACCAGCGGCCUCCUUCCCAUAAUUCUCCCUCUUGAUGUAAAUUUCCACGGAAAGGAAGGCGGGAAGGAGAACACGAGCGAGACGUCUGGCCUCUUCUUUUUGCUUCCCGUGGUCCCUUGCGUUUCGCCACCAUUCGAUCACUCGCGUUUCGCGCUCGCCUUUGCUCGCCUGAGGAGAAUGCAGUCUUUGAUGCAGAUAUCUCCUAACAGGAAAACAAGGCACGUUUUUCACGCUACCACUUUCCUCUUUAUUGCACACCCACGAUUCCCUAGGGAUUGGUUUUGCACAGGAAGUACACUACAUCACUAUAGUUUACCUACGCUUUAAUGAGAUCUAUUACCGACGACGAAGAAUUUUCAAAGGGCGCCAUCGUCCUGCAAGGAGGCCCAACAAAUUUUCUGAAUUGUCAAAAAAAAAGAACUCAAACGCCAAUCAGUCAACGUUUAUCGCGACACCAACGCAGCAAAAUGUAGCUUUCUUAUUCUAGAUUUUGUACUCAGUUUUCCAAUAACUUUUCUUGCCUUUCAAUCGUUGAUUAAUUAAUUGUGCUAUUGUCCUUCUUUUUUAGAACCAAACCGAUACAAUUUCCUGCUCAACAUCCUCAAACAACGCUGUUGAAAUUAGACAUUACUUCUUGGCUUUUCGUCAGCCAAUACGAACUGACAUAGUAAGUGUGAACGAUUUUGUUUGCCAUACAUAUUUUGUACCUAAGGGAUAGAACAAGAGACAGGGGCGGGGUAUCUCACAGUUAUCUCAAUAACAAUAUCACAAAAAAGUGUUAAAUUUAAAGGGCGUGGUCACGUCUAGCAAGACAGUUAACGCAAGCCGUACCAAACCUCAGGAAUUAUACUUGCGCACAUAUUGUGAACAAAAAAAGAUCAUUUUCAGGUGUUUUGACAAACUCUCCUCGAAUAAUAGCCGUCCCUUCAUUAAUCGCCCCUCGAAUAAUCGCCCCUCUGUGACGGAAAUAUUUAAAAUAAUCGCCUCCCUCGAAUAAUCGCCUCCCACCCGCUCCUGUCGCCAUCUUCUCUUCCUUUUAUCCUCUCCCUGUCAAGUUGAAGUGCAAUGUGAUCCAGCAAAACAGAUCAGUGACGAUUCAAGCUAUGAAAAUUACUGAAGGAACUAAAUUUGGAACACUCAAAAAGCCCAUGUUCAGUUUAUUUGAUGUGAUUAUUUUUUUAUUUAAUGGGAAAAUAAAACAAAAUAUUUAGGACACGACUUCCAGUGAGCAAAAAUUUGAAAUAAUUGCCUCCCUCAAAUAAUCGCCUUUCCUCGAAUGAUCGCCCUCUUUUUGAGCGAAAAAAGAUGUAAUCGCCCCCUGCUAUUAUUCGAGGAAAUACGGUAAAUGUUUGAAGGGUUUUAAUUAUCUGAUGAAAACUUGAUCUUUUUCAUCAGAGAAACACGGAUGACAUUGUUCGCCAUAUGGCUGCCUACGAAAAUGGAACAUUAACAUGCAGGUAUAAAAUGUAGUGACUAUCAGUAAAGUUCUUUUAUCUUGUCUAUUCUAGACUGCAAAACAGUCGAUUUUUUUUUCUCAAAAUCAGUAAAGAAAUCAGUAAAGGGUGUCUCGUUCCAGACCUUUUGUUUGACUGCUCGCGCGUACUUGAAUACGCAAAAAUACUGACUGUUUUGCGGUUCAUGUCUAUUCGUAAGCAGAAUAUGGUUUUACUUAGGUCGUUCAGGUUUUAAAAAAGACUAACAUGGGAGAUCAAGGGUGAUCAACUUAAUUUUGCUUAACAAGGCAAAGAAUUGUUUUUCUAGAAUUAAUUGUUUUCAUUGUUAUGAUAGUACAAAAAUAAAUUAUUGUACCUAAUGAUUUAGCUACGAUACGUCGUCUUUCAACCCCUAAAAUUAUAAGUGUGACAAAAACCUGUAUUUUCUCGCGUCUGCAUUUCAUUGAUUGACCUUAUUUAUCACGGGUUUUGCAAUGGUUCUGUUUAUUUCUAGAUUUUCUCGUAAACUUUCACCCUCGAGUCCGCACAAGAGAGACCUCAUAAUGAAGAACUGGUUUUUCAUUUUUGCAUGGGGCAGCGUUAGUAAGUAUCUGUUAGUAAUAAGAUAACGUAUCAGUUCAGUUGGCAGCAAGUCAUUAUUAUAAGAAAAAAAUGAAAAAGAAUAUACUGGUUUGAAUUUAACAAACCACGGCCUGGCCAGUAACUCACGCAUGCGCACAGGUGGUAUAUGUGUGCUCCUAGUUUACUAUCUGUCUGGUUUAAAUGUGCCUUUUUGAUGCUCAUUCUCAUUAAGUUAACAGUUUUCUAACUAGUCUAUCGGAGGUCCUAACUGAUCCCUAUCAGAUUCAGAAAGGGUAGACGGUCCAGGCUCAUUGAUCUCCCAAUCAGUGAGGCUAGAGGGCACAGCUCACGUCAGAUUUUUCACUUCUUUGUACUAUAGGCGGUACAGGUGCUUUGCAAUAUCACUACCAAAACGCAACGUUCAGUGCUGAACGCGUUAACCUUACGCUGCCCGCCGUGUUGAAAAACGGUCGUAGCAGGCCACCAGCGCCAACGCCAGAUGGAAAACUGGAGGUACGCACAACUUUUCUGCAACACUUUUUUACUGAAUCCAUUUUAGUGUGUUUACGUCAAGUUCUUUCUUGUUUUCUUUGAAAUCGCGGUAGUAAAAUCAUGUAGGCAGCUUCAAUGCCGUGUUACGUCAUUGAUGACGUCAGCAUGACGUCAUAUAAUUUAGCGCCGAAUGUUGUCACACUUAAAAAUUUAUUACAGUUGAGGCCAAAUGUUAUUACAUUUUGGACUUAUUUACAUUUAGGUUGAAAUGUUAUUCAUUUAGGACUUCACUACAUUUAGUGUCAGUUAUUACAUUUAGGCGUUCUACAAACGUGUUUUUAAUAGAGUGUUUUCACUCACGUGGCUUGCAUCUAUAUAAAUUUAUUGGAACAAAAGAAAGCGUUUACACAAGAAAAGAGUUCAACUCCCACAGGAUUGGUUUGGAACACCAAUAUUGCCGCUGCGACAUCAUGUGUAAACGAUUUAUUUGUUUUAAGUUUAUUUUGUACUUUUUCCUUCAUUUUAGUUUUCAAAAUCGGAUUGCGGCAAGACUAAGAACUGCUACUCUGAGCCCAAAGACUGUUCGUCCUGUCGAAACUGUGACUAUCUUGUGACUUUUGAACCUUGUCAAAAUAAGGAUAACGUCAGCUUUGAGUUGAGUGCGAGAAGUGACUGGGUCGCAAUAGGGUUCAACGAGCAAAGCAAGAUGGUAAGUCUCAUAAAUCUUUGAAACUCAUGCAGAUUUCUCUGUCACACAAUCAUUCUCUUGUCUCACAAUUUUUUCACUGCGUUCUGCAUCCCUCCUUCUUCACUUGUUUUGUUAAAGAGUGAGGAAUUUCUCCUGGCUAAACUUUUUUUUCUUGUCGUGAUUUCGUUACUUCAGUGUUCCCUUCCACGAACGACUUUUAGUUCGCAUUUACCAGAGUCCCACAAAUACUUUACCAAGCAGUUUUUAUUGACAAUUUUCAUCUCUUAUUAGGAUGGUACUGAUGCUAUCAUCUGCUCUCGCCUUAAUGACAACGCAGUGGUUAACCAUUAUUCUUUGGUAGGCUAUAACAGUCCAAUUCAAACCAACCCGGUAAGUUAAUUGGACCUUAAUUGCAGGAAACUACAAUGUAGAUUUUAGGGAGACCUUGUUCACAUCUUCGUAAAAUUAUCCACUUAUAUGUGGAUCCACAUUUUUACUUUUUUUCAUUUAGACGGAUUUGUUUUUUGGAUGCGGUGGGAAAAGAAAAACUUGAAAUAAGCUAAUUUAUUAUAAACUUUCAAACAAACAUUCGCGUUGUCAAUCCUAUGGCUUCAUAUCGAGUCCCUGUUUCCGUUGACGACCUUGAUCAGGCGAGAAAACCUCCUGUUAAUUUGGACCCCACCCCACCCCCCAGUCAGCCUUAUGUCAUGGCGACAUUCAGUGAGAUUUAUUUUAAGAUACUUAUUUUUAGGCUCCUGCUGGUCUCAAAGUUAUUGCUGGUGCUUAUGAAGAUGGAGUCAUUAAGUGUAGGUUAGUAUUGUUGGCUGCUUGAAAAGCCGGGAAACAAAUCGUCGGUUUGAUUAUACUUGCAGAUUCACUGUGACGCUAUUUAUCACUGAUUGCUCUAUUUUGCAUACUUUGUUGAUGGGCUUCAUUGUAGGUUUUCUCGGGGAAAAACUGCAAGUGGCAUGCAGAGUCUGGAUCAGAACGUCUUUUUGAUUUUCGCUCGCGGUAGUGUGAUUCAGGGUGAGUAAAAUCAAAAGUUUUUGCAUUGGUCACUAUUCUCGUUUGUUUAUUUUUAAACAGUAUCAACUAAGCUAAUAUAUACUUCUUAUUAACUGAGAGCGAGGUCAUCACAGGGAAAUCUCCGACCGAGUCCUUGAUGCAUCGCUCAGUCAAUACAUCAAGGCCAUAUAAUAAUAAGGUAUAUUAUCUAACGUAAGUAGAUUCAAGAGCUGUUGUUUAGAGCGCUAGCUCCUUUGUAGGAGUGAACUUUAUAAACAAAGGUUAAUAAAGAUUUGACCUUAAUGUGGAAUUUUCUCUGUUUAAGGAGGCUUGCUGAACAAGCAUAGUGUAAAAUCACAGAGCGCCAGUCAAGUGGACGUCUGUGAAAUUAAUGCAAAUCUUGAGAGUAAAUCCUCAGACCUCAAAAUGCUGCGGGCACAUGGUAAGAGAGAUCAAUUUGAUCUCAUAAUUAACUCAGUUACGUAAGUUGAAAUAACUUUCAUGAGCAUUUACCAAAGCAUUUAAAAGAAUUUUGACCUUUUCCUUUUCCUACUUUAUUCUCUUUUCUCAUUCUUUGCUGCUACCUUCUAAUAGGCCAUAUUUUAAAUGAGGCGUGACAUCAGGCUAUAUUCUAAACAAUAUUUGACUGACGGCUUUGACUAAUUUCCAGGAGCGCUUAUGGUUGUGGCCUGGAUUGGGUUUGCCACCAUGGCUAUCCUUGUGGCGCGUUAUAUGAAAGAGACCUGGGGAAAGCUAUGUGGAAAGAAGGCUUGGUUCCAGGUCAGUAAACAAAACUGUUGGCUGGUUCUUGCCGCAUAAAUAGAUGGGCUGCCUGUGGUAUCUUAAUUCACAAACUGGCCAGUAUAUCUCAGGUCUUGACAUUUGUCCUGGAUUUGCGCUUUUUAUUUUUUAGAUCAAAUCAUACGAAAGAUAAAGAAAAAUAACUUGAUAUUUACUGUAUUUUAACAAUUAUUCCUCGAGCCCGAAUGGGCUCUGAGUCAUGAGACCGAAGGCCUAAUGGGAUAUUGACUCAGAGGCCAUGAGGGCGAGAGGAAUAAUUGUUUUAGUAAAAUCCAACCAGCUGGUCAAAAAUAUCGAGACAAAACAACUUUAGCUGGUUAAAGCUAGACUUUAAUCCCUUUUUUGCCGCCAAAAAGCCGGCGCUUUCGCUACUAGUGGGCUAUAACAUAUAGCAUAGUAGUAGCUCAACCAAUCAGAACGCAGCAUUGAUAAUAGACCACUAGUUGGGUUUUACUAAUAUCAGAUAGUCAAUCACUGUAACCAUAGACUGAAGGAUUGAAGGAUCUAGCCUGUUCCAAGCUCCGAAAAGUCGGGUCCGCGAAUUUCAGAAAGCGUGAAUACAAAAAUGAAACUUGGACGGGAGGAAACUGGGGAGAGGAAGACCGCUACCGCUCCCUUUUUCCCAAAUCACGCGCUGAUAUUUCCGCUUGGCUUUACUUACGUGUCAUUUCUACUAUCUGAGAUCCUAGAACAGGUUAUGAAGGAUGCUGUCCCGCGUGCGCUGACUAAAACAGGAAAAAAAAACAUAUGUAAAUCAAGACAAAGUGAUCUUUUUCGUGAUUAUCAGUACUAAGGUUUUGUUUCUGAGGAGACUACGGUACUGCGCAAAUCUUGGGGCUGAAACACUUAGUCACUUUACCAAGUGAAGACGUAUGAAGAUUGAAAAGCUGAAGUUUGGAGUGCUAGCCCUUAUGAAAGUGAUUCCACCCGUCUUAUCAGUAUCUUGUUAUUUUCAGGUUCACAGAGCUCUGACCGUCACCUGUUUACUACUCACGAUCACUGGUUUUGUUUUGGUUUUUGUUCAUGCCGAAGGAUGGUCUGAUGUAAGAUUAUGAAACUUCAUUAUUAAAUGUUAUUAAAUCUUGUAAUCUCAUUUAUAUACCCUCGGAGAAAAAAAUCUGAAGUACUAUUUUUUUUUUUUGCGCAUACAGUCAGGUGGAGCCCACUCAAUACUAGGAGUCAUCGCAACACUGUUGGCCUGUGUACAGCCCAUUAUGGCGCUUCUAAGGCCCGACCCAGAUGCGGAAAGGUAGUAAAAUAUUUUGCAUGAUAGUCGGUUGGUAAGAUCACUGUCUCUGUAUCACAGAGCUGAGGUCUUGGUUUCGAAUCCUCUUCGGGCCUGAUUUUUUUUUCCAUUUCUGGCUGUCUUGUCACAACUGCUUAGGGCAACCGAUUUGUGAGGGACCCUCUAGUAAACGGCCAAAAGACUAGUUCUUUAAAAACAAAAAUCAAAAUCAACCGUAAUUCGUUGUUACUUUCUUGGACCAUUAUCCAAGGGAAGAUCCAGCCCCACCCCCUAAAGAAAAGAAAGAAAGCAAACAAAAACGGAGACAGUGUACCUCGUUCCACAGUUGUUAAAACGUAAAAACUUCGAACAUCAAAGUAUACAAGAACCCCGGAAUCCUUUGGGUCCAAAAUAAAUUCAAUCCUCAAUGUGUAAAAUCGUUUUUGUUCUAAAGUUAAGUUCACUUCAGUUUUGUUCUAAGUUCAGUUCAAGUCCCACAUAACCAUUACGAUUUGCCGAUAAAAAGACAGGCUUGUUCUAAAAAAGUUCAAUACAGUGACGCUAAGGGUAAUGUUGUUCAAAAAUCCUGUAUCAAUAACUUUCAAAGCUCUUAAAUUGUGUUGUGGUUGAUGUACUGGUUUUACCUGUUCAUAGGCGCUACAUUUUUAACUGGGCUCAUCGCUGUGUUGGCAUUACCACAUUCAUUCUCGCAAGUGAGUCACCUGAUUUUAGCUUCUAAUUGACCACUUCUUUGUCAAAUGCGUGGGGCCAUGUUUACUACCGAAUGCCUUCUCUGCGCCUUUCCUAGUCCUUAGGCCUCAUUAUUCCGCGCGGUCAUUGCGUCUCGGGUCACGUGGUCCGAGCAAAGAAGUGAGGCCUAGACAAAAAACCUCAAAAGUGAGACAUUCAAGACCAAAGUUUCGCAUUUCAAGAUGAAAGUAUAUCGUUAGAAGACACAGAAGGGGAGGGAAAGUUCAAAAGAAUGCUCACUUUUCUUUUAGUGGACAAAGACAUUUUCAAAAAGCAAUCCACGCAUGCACACUCUCUUUUUAUCUAGACGCUUCUUCGGCGUUUGCCGCGGAUACGUACACCGAAAUGCAUUGACCAAGAAGGCCUAGGAAAACGCCGUACGUACAGGGACUAGGCAAUUCUGCGCCUACGGUGGGAUGGUAGGGUUCAAAUCCAUCCAUUUACAUCUCCGCCAGAAGGAAAUGAUGUAUGGCAACGAUAAAUGAACCUCCGUCGAGUUACUUGCCCCAUUAAUUACGGAGGAUUAGUCUGCCGCCUUUUCUCGCUCCUCGCCGCUGGAUACAUUUCUCCUGCAAAAACUUCCCUAGCUGCGCGGAGCGUUGAGAGACGGUUGUAUUCGUAGGCAAACGGAGGAUGGGUUGGAAUAACUUUUUUAAAAGUUAUUUUGCACACGUGGCUCUAGAAUUUGAAUAGGUGCUUAAUUAAGUGACACGACUAAUUAUUGUCGAUUUCCUUGCAAGCUUAAACUGGAAUGGUUUUCGUCCAAGGCAUCUCACCCAUCUGAAACUUGGAGGUCAUGUCAGUAAUUAAUUUAAAUUGCUUUCCUAUCUUUUGUCAGUUAUCAACAUAAUUCUUGGUCUGCGUCUACCUCACCUGGAUGUUAAGUUUGCAGUUUAUUUCGUGAUCGCCUUUUGCGUGGGUCUGAUCCCAGUUGUUCUUUUGGAGUUUGUUCGCUGCUGUAACCGAUACCAUAAAAGAGAGGGUAGGUUUCUAACUUUCUUGUACAGUCAUCAUCAUCAUCAUCGUUUUAGUAAGCAUGGGUUAGUAAGUUGAAACACUAUUACAGGUGUUUGCAUACCUGCAAUACAGAUCUGCUAGGUAGAUUUAGCAAUAGCCACGCAAAAGCGCGUAGAUAGGACCGAAUGCGACUACCGGUGCUCAGUUUGCUGCUUUACCAAAUCAACCGGUUUAAAUUUGCGCGCGCCGUCAUCACUGUAGUCUCUUUGUCUUUGCUCAAUCUGCCUAAUAUUCUCUUGUAAUGUGAUGCGUGAUUUUUACGAGGCAGGGAACGUUACAAUAAAGAGUAGAAUCCCAAAAACAAUACCGCAAUUUAUUUAAUAAUAAUAUUAAUCAAUUUAAUAAUACCAAUUUAAAUUAAUUCAUAAAUAUUGAUUAAUUGUAUUGCGGGACUGUUUGCCGUUGGACACAACACUGCACAACCCUGUGCCAUGCGCGCGCAACCUUAAAAUUACCAAUAUUACGUAGUUAUUGGCCACUCAUCUUAACUUUCUGUCCUUGUUUUUUUCUCAGGACUCACUUACGUGACAGUUGGGUUCGUCUUCGUCCUGGCGAUCUCAGUCUGUUUGACUUUGCUUCUGUUCAUUGCACGCGAGGCACCUUAA